ACUCAGCCUAGCCCAGGCAAGUUACUGGUCCCUGGCUGCUCUCAACGAGCUUGAGGAACUCGGACACGAUGAUGUUCGCAUUUUGGAAGGUCUUGCUGAUCCUAAACUGCCUUGCAGGUCAAGUUAGUGUGGUACAAGUGACCAUCCCAAAGAGUGUCGUGAAUGUCACUGUUGGAUCCAAUGUCACUCUCGUCUGCACCUACACCAGCACUGUGGCCUCCCGGGACAAGCUUUCCAUCCAGUGGUCAUUCUCCCAUGAGAGAGAGUCACAGCCAAUUACCAUUUACUAUUCUGAAGGUGGACAAGCUGCAUCCAUCGGGCGAUUUAAAGAUCGAAUUAUAGUGUCCAACGAGCCAGAUAACGCAUCCAUCACUAUUCUGUAUAUGCAACCAGCAGAUAGUGGCAACUACAUCUGUGAUGUUAACAACCCUCCUGAUUUUACUGGCUACAAUCAAGGCACCCUCAUAGUCAGUGUGCUAGUCAAACCUUCUAAGCCCGUUUGCAGCAUUCAAGGAAUACCAGAAACUGGCCAUCCUAUAUCUCUUUCUUGCCGCUCAGUGCUCGGUACACCUUCGCCUGUGUACCACUGGUAUAAACUUGAAGGAAGAGACAUCGUCCCAGUGAAAGAAAGCUUCGACCCAGCCACCGGGAUUUUGGUUAUUGGAAAUCUGACUGAUUUUGAACAAGGUUAUUACCAGUGCACUGCGGUCAACAUCCUCGGCAAUAAUACCUGUGAAAUCGAUCUGACUGCUUCACAUCCAGAAAUUGGAAUCAUCGUUGGGGCCGUGGUGGGAACCCUAGUGGGAGCUACCAUUGUCACCUCUGUGGUGUGCUUCGCAAGGAACAAGGCAAAGGGGAAGGAAAGGAAGAGAAAUUCUAAAACCACCACAGAACUCGAACCAAUGACAAAGGUAAACCAAGGUACAGAGUUUGAGACAAUGCCAUCUGAAGCUGUUACCCAACUAGAAGCAGCUCUGCCAUCUUCCUUCCACGAGACUGACCCUGACACCAUCCUGGGGCCAGAUCAUGAGCCUACCCCCAAGCCUGAGCCUGCCCCGGGAUCUGAUCCUGUCCCAGUGCCUGAGCUUGAGAUUGAGCUGGAGCCAGAACCCGAACAGGAGCCAGAGACGGAGAUGGAGCCGGAACUGGAGCCCGGGAUUGUAGUUGAGCCCUUGUGUGAUGAGGAAAAACAAGUGAAUAAGCCAUAGGCUGGUAACCUAAGCACCGUGUUCAUCACUUAGAAACCCAUUAUUGGCAUUUAGAAUUCAGCUGACCUACCAAUCUCCCACCACCUCGCUCCAUUCCGACCAAUCCUCUUCUAACAAGGUGCUCCUACCAUCAAUCCA